UGUCAUGCAUUUUAAUUACAUGUGCAUUAUAACUAGUACAUACAAACACCUUAUACUUUUUUUUGUUCCGUAACAUUUUCUACAUUAUCAAUCUAGGAGAAAGCUAUUUCAUUAAUAUUAUUUUUGCAAAUGCAUCCUGCAUCUAUUUACCAAUUUCAACUAAAACAAUAAUAUAUAUGAACAAAAGUUUAAUUUGUCUGUUCUCAAGCAUCCGGCUCGUCCGUUUUGAGCCCUGCAGCCUUGACCGCCUUGCCUAUCCGCAAGCUACGCUGGUACCUGUACGAGCAAUACAAGGUUAUUGACGCAUUCCGCCUUCGUUUCCACUUCCCCCGCCUACUCUCUUUCCUUCAUCUCUCUUCCCCCUCUUCCUCCUCUAGGCAGCAGCAUCUUGAUCGGUUUGUUCAAUUCAGACCGAGAUCCUCCACAAAAAUGGCUUGCAUGGUGAUCCAGAGCUGGACCUUGUCCACCCUCGUGGGGGCAUACCUCGACCUGGCCCUCGCCUACCUCUUCCUUUGCGCCUCCGCCCUCACCUUCUUUGCGUCCAAGUUCUUGGCUUUCUUCGGCCUCGCCUUGCCAUGCCCAUGCAAUGGCCUCUUCGGCCAGCCACGCUGCCUCCAACGCCUCCUCGUCGACUACCCUCCCAACAAAAUCGCGGCGGUCCACAUGUCUCUGCGCAGACGAUUCCCCUUUGAUUGCCCUCACUGCAACCACGGCUAUGACGUCGGCUUCUUGACAGAUGGCGGCGCGGAGGAGUCGAGUGGAUCCACUUCUGACGAUACCCUCAACUCCAACAAGAGAGCCUCCCAAGAAGAUGUCAAGGAUGAGGGGUGUCUUUUUGGAGAGAGGCCACCGUCGUCCCCUCACCGGCGGCGAUGCCGGAGGCCUCCUCUCAGUCCCCGAGCGAGGUCUCCCCGAGCCUCGCCCACUCCGCCACCGCACUUGGCGGGUUGCCAAGGGGAGGUCAAUCCCCGUAUGUCCUUCAGCAUCGAUGGCCAGGUCCAACUGGGAGUGUCUGAAGAGAGAGAUGGUCUUCACCUUUACGAAAUUUGGCAAGUUAUCUUGUACUCCAUUGUAGGUGAAUGCAUUGGAUUAGACAAAGGAACUGCUUCUGAUACUGAAUGUAAUUUUAUGGAGAAGGACGCAUCGGCUGGCGGUCAAGAGGUAAGUGGAUCUGAGGGAAAUGUGACUACUGUUACAAGAAAUUUGCAACGGGCGCUUAAAAAAGAGCAGUCUGCUCAUGCUGCCCUCUCUGUGGAAUUGAAGAAAGAGAGGAGCGCUGCUGCUACAGCUGCGGACGAGGCCAUGGCAAUGAUACUGCGCCUCCAGAAGGAAAAGGCGGAAAUUGAGAUGGAAGCUCGGCAGUACCGAAGUAUUGUUGAAGAGAAAUCUGCUUUCGAUGGAGAAGAGAUGGUGAUUCUUAAGGAGAUCAUUGUGAGGCGGGAAAGAGAGAAUCAUGUCUUAGAGAAAGAAGUUAAUGCUUAUCGGCAAAUGAUACUUAGUGGUGGCGAGCAGCAAGCUGACAUUGAUCUGCAUGAUAUGACACAGCUGAUGGAACAGAAGCCUGGUUCUUCAUCUGAGCCAUUGGAUGACCCUAUGCAACAGAUCAAUGCAUCUGUUGACAAGAAGGAAGAGGUGAACAGUAUGUUCCACGAGGCGGAUGAUACUGGGCCUUUGGUUGGUGAUAGGCAAAACUGCACUACUGGUUUUGGCAAAGAAUGCAUGUUUGAAAAUAACUUAGGCCAUUCAAUUCAUGGGUAUGUUGAGCAGGAUGAUGAAAUGAAGUGGCUUCAAGAAGAAAUCUUGGCUCGUAGAGAUGAACAGAACAUCGAAAUCCAGGAGAAGGGCAUGGUGGCAUUGCACGAGGUUACCUCUCAUUUGACUGAUGAAGAUGGUGCAAGGAUAAGAGAAAUUGAGAUGAGACUUCCUUUAGGUCAAUUAGAUAGGGAGAAAGGUCAAAAUUCUUGUCACAGACGUAGUGGUUUAACUCAGUCUGAGGCUGAAGUAUGUAUCCAUGAUGUACAUGUCAUUGAAGACAAAACCCAUUUGGGGGACAAGAGAUAUUUAAGGGAAAGAGGUGUACCUCGGGAUGAUAAUGUGAAGAAUGAACUAUAUCGAACUAGGUCUGUUGAUCGUUCAACUAGCAACAAAGCUACAGGAUGGGGUGCUGGGAAACUAAACAUUUGUAGAAGUUGCUCAGAUGUAACACAGAUGGGGCAAAUGAUGGGCGGUUUUUGUGAGAAAGCUUCAUGCUUUGAUUUGAGGAGGCGUUCCGUGUCUGCAGUUGACUAUGAAAGGUUUAUACUAGAAAGUGAAGUUGAGCUCUUAAGGGAAAGACUAAAGAUCAUACAACAAGGAAGAGAACAGAUGAGCUUUUCUAUAGAGCGCAAGAAGGAAUCUGACCAGUUGCCGUUCUCGAAGGAAAUAUCACGUCAACUUCAAGAGCUCAAGCAAGUACCAAAACCUGAAAAAAGGUUUCGCCAGGCUUCUUUGCCACCUAAAUCAUCCAAGGUACGGCAUUAAUGUUCAAGCCUGUUUUUUGUUUUUUAAAUUUUUAAUCUGAAGAUUCAUUGGACUAAGUUGCCAAAGCUGCCUCUUUCUCUAUCUUUUCCAUUGGGUGUUAUUCUGGCAUCUGUACAUGCUGUAUUUUGUCUUGGCUUUAUUAGUCACAGAUAUAUAUAGGUGGAUUGUUGACGCAGCUAUUUAUCUAUUUAAAAUACAAGUUUGAGCCCCUUAUGAAUCAUCCAUUCAUGCAGCACUAUCAUCUAGGAGCUGUUCAUGCACAUCUUGCAUUUGGCCUGAUAUUUGGCACGACAACUGGUUGCUAAGUAGUAAAAUGCAGUGGUCGCAUUUUAUGGGUUAUCCUCCUAUAAAGGGCUAUGGAAUUAGGCUGUCAUGAAGAUCUCAUGUUUGUUUUCGAAUUGGCACGAUUAGGCCUUCCGUGUAAAGCAUAUUUAGCUGACCUUCAGCUUGAGAUAUUGACAUAAACAUUAUUUCGA